AUGUUGCACGAUGCUAUGGUGGACUUGAGUGCUCUUAAGAAGCCAUACAUCAAGAGAUUUUCGAAGAAGAAUGCUAUUAGACCAUUUGAAGAUUACGAGCCAUUGGAGUUUUUGUCUGAGAAGAACGAUUCAUCUCUAAUAGUUUUGAGUUCUCACUCAAAGAAGAGAAGAAACAACUUGACAUUUGUGCGUACGUUUGGGUACAAGAUAUAUGAUAUGAUUGAGUUACAGAUUGCGGAGAACUACAAGUUUUUGUCUGAUUUCAGGAAACAGACUUUCAAUGUUGGGUUGAAGCCAAUGUUUUCUUUCCAAGGUGCUGCAUUUGAACAGCACCCAGUUUACAUGCAUGUGAAGUCUUUAUUCUUGGACUUCUUCAGAAACGAGACGACUAAUCUACAAGAUGUUGCUGGUCUACAGCAUGUUAUUUCGAUCAGUGUGCAAGGGGAUUUCCAAGAUGGAGAGCCUUUGCCAAACGUGCUAUUCAGAGUUUACAAGCUAAAGACGUACAAAUCUGAACAAGGUGGUAAGAAGCUACCUAGAGUUGAGUUGGAGGAAAUUGGUCCAAGAUUUGACUUCAAGAUCGGUAGAAUUCACACACCAUCUCCAGAGAUGGUCAAGGAAGCUAACAAGAAGCCAAGACAACUUGAAGUUAAGGUUGCUAAGAACGUUGAAAUCGAUAGUAUGGGUGACAAGAUUGCAAGAAUCCACGUUGGCAAACAAGAUUUGAACCAAUUGCAAACUAGAAAGAUGAAGGGUCUAAAGGCCAAGUAUGACCAAGUGGACUCUGAUAUGGAGGAAUACCUUGAAGAAGAAGAAGGUGCUGCUCUAGACCAAGACGAUACCUACGGCGAAGAAUUCGUAACGGCUACUGAUAUUGACGCUCCACCUGCCAAGAAGCAAAAGAAAUAA